AGGGGCGUGGUCUCUCUCGGUCCCGGCCCGGCGCGACCAUGGCGGCGUCGCCUGGUUCCCUGCGUCGGGCCGGCAAUGAGGAGUUCCGCCGCGGGCAGUACGGGGCGGCCGCCGAGCUCUACACCCGCGCCCUGGCGCUGCUGGAGGCCGCAGGGGAGGCCGCCGCCGAGGAGCGCAGCGUGCUGCUGGCCAACCGCGCCGCCUGCCGCCUCAAGGACGGCGCCUGCCGCCUCUGCGUCGCCGACUGCAGCGAGAUGACUAAAGCCCUGCUGGAAAAGGAUGGUGUGAACUGGCGCCAGAAGCUCCCGCCAAUCCCUGCAGUCCCUGUUUCUGCCCAGACGAGGUGGAGCGUUCCUUCUGCUGGAGCCCCCGGGGCAAACCCUCCUCCUGCCACUGCUCCGAAGGGAGAACCAGACCGGACUGGUGCUGGCACGGAGAGAGCUCGAGCUCUGAAAGAAGAAGGAAAUGAACUUGUAAAGAAAGGAAACCAUAAAAAAGCAGUGGAGAAGUACAGUGAGAGUUUACAGCUCAACCAGGAAUGUGCGACCUACACCAACAGAGCUCUCUGUUACCUGACCCUGAAGCAAUACAAGGACGCAGUGCAGGACUGCACGGAAGCUCUGAGGUUAGAUCCUAAAAACGUUAAGGCGCUCUACAGACGUGCUCAAGCACUUAAAGAACUGAAGGAUUACAAAUCAAGUAUUGCUGAUAUCAAGAGCUUGUUGAAAACUGAACCAAAGAACACAGCUGCACUGAGAUUGCUGCAAGAACUGAACAGAGCCUAGAGUAACCAAGCAACAAGCACAGCCUUGUUUUUCACUGCAGAAGAAAGCUUUUUUCCCUUCUGAUGUUGUUACAGGGACCAGUCUUAAUGCAGGAUCGGUGUCGAGAUACAUCUUCCACGGCAGCUGAGAUGUAACAGGUCCUGUGCCAGCACAGUCAAUGUUAAGACACACAAUCUAUAUCAAACUCACUCUAUAUCUGGCUCUAAG